AUGGAGUUGGAAGCAAGCAACAAGUGGCAGCAAGAAAGACGUCAAGUGGCUCACUUGGAGAAACAGCUGAGUAGAGUGCAAUCAGGACAGGGCGUGGUCAAGGGGAAGGGGAAGGGGUACGGAACAGGAGGUACAGUACAAGACCGACAAGCAAAGAUGGAAGACUUGGAAGAGCUGUCAACCAGGUAAACAGAAGUGAAACCUGUAAUAACUUCUAUUCAAGAUUGUAAGUCUGGUUUUUUUGGUCACGCGAGCUUUUUAAAGCAAGAAUUGGGUACAUUGAAGUGGCACCAACACGAGAGAAAAACUCGACACCGUCGGCACUUUUUCCAUUUCUAUCACCUAGUCGUCCGUCUCUUUGCGCCAGGAAAUAUGCCAUUACUAAAUUCUGUUCUUUUUUGUCACAAGUUAUCUUUGGUUUUUAAAGGCAGUGUUACGAGAAACAGAUUUCAGUGUCUCCUUUAGUGAGGGAUAGUUCUUCGUUUUCACCGAAAUAUCUUUAUCAUUGACUACGUAGCAAGGGGGGGCCUAACCAUAACGUUUUUCCCCUCCCCUUUAUCCCUCUUUAUUUGCUCUCGUCCUAACUUUCUCAACGAACCCGCUCGGAAACGCUUGCUACUCAGGGUAUCGUUAUCAGAGACUUUUAUACCAAUAAGAAAAGUAUCCUAAUAAAAUUUAGAUCUGUUAAAUGCAGAUCUGUCCUUCUCAAAUCAUCGAUAGAACUGUACCCUAUCCGUAUGUGUGUAUUCUGCCCACAGGCAGGUCCUUCCCUAUAGUUCUCGAUCUAAGGCGCGCCUCUUGACCGCUACUCAAGGACUACCAUCCUUUACUCUAUCCAGCAUUCCCACACGAGGUCUUCCAGGUGGUCUCUUUCCUAUUAUUCUUCCCUCAAUUACUAAUGGGACAAGAUCGCCAUGCCGCAGGGUAUGACCAAGCCAGACUCUCUGUCUUCUGUUGAUAACAGAUAUGAUGGCCCUCUCCUCACCAACACGCCUCAAUACUUCUUCGUUACAGACUUUGUCAGACCAAGUCGUGUUUAAGACCUUUCUUCAAACCCACAUCACACAGCUCUCCAGCCUUCGCACAUCAAAUAUAAAAUGCAAUCUCAGAGACCAACCUCUUUUCAUUUUCCUCAUGAAUAAAUAAUACGUUUUCUAAUAUCUUCGCCAGACUCGCCAUUCAAACAGACGAAAACGACGCACUAAAGGAAGCUCUCAACUCCACUUUGAAAGCGAAAGAAGAGGACUUGAAAUUUUACCAGGAGAUGAUGGAUCAAACUAAAAAGAUUUUUCUUCAAGGCCUGAGACAGUUUAGACAGAACUCAGCACCCAGCUAG